CUCGCUCACUCCAUCUCCUCGAGCCUGCUGAAGUUGGCGGCCAGCGGGCAGCAGGGCCGACCACUGGAGAGUGGGCGGCCUUCGGGCGCGACGAACUGGUCCAUGUGGUCCUGCCACUCCAGCACGGCCAGCGUCUCCUUCCACAGCACUUGCGAGUAGCUCUCCAGGGCCGGCCGCAGGCUCCCCCUCUCAGCACGGCGUUAAGCAACACGCACAGCCCCCACUUGAUAGUCGGCGCGCCCACCCACACGGCCUCCUCCUCCCCCUCGCCAACCAAAAUGCCGUCGGCCCUGAGCAGCCGCUUCAGCUCGCUGGCGGCGAUGAGGUCGCUGUCAUCCUCAUUCUCGGCCUCCUGCUUGACGGCGAUGUUGAGGAGCACCGAUUCCGGCGGCCGGAACCCCGGGGUGCCCUCUGGCGCCUGAUCGGCGGCCAGGCGGCGGGCCAACCGCAGCGGGGUGAGGGCGCUGGUGGCUGGGUCGAGGAACGGCGGAGGGGUGCUGGUGGUGGACUCCACCUUGACCGUGUUGGCGAGGUCGAUGAAGGUCACCGACCUGCCGACAUCAGCCGGCUGCUGGGGCGAUGCCGACCGGAGGGCCGACCACUUCAGAAUGACGUUGCUCCUGAAGUGGUCCGGGCAGACCAGGCCGGCCAAAGCGGCUGCGAUGUGGCCUUGGGUCAUGAGGUCGAGGGCAUUGGUGACGACCAUAGGUCUUGUGCCACCGCCGCCCUCUCCUCGGCCGUCCUGCCGCUGUACCGGUCGGCGAUGACCCCCACGUUGUACUCGGCCCGCCGCGUGUACUCGCCCUUCUCGUCCUUGGUGUCCAGCAGCAGAUCCCGCUGCUCCACAAACUCCUCUGCAACAGACAUCGAACCACACAGACAAGACAGAGAGGGACAGCCAGUGAGUGGGACCGUUGCGUGUGUCGUACUGCGUGUGUUGCCUCACACUCCUGUCACUCGAGGCAUGCCGAUCACCACACAGUCCACAAGGCCAUCCCACCUCGGGCAUCGUGUGGCGUCGGCGUCCUCGAAGAGGAGCUGCAGAAACAGCGGGUUGCCCUCGACCUGGCGCAUGCGGUCUGCCUCCCUCUGCAGCCCCGGCCCUAAAAGCCGUAUAUCGGCAUCUUUGACCACCUUGACGACGGCGUCGAUGGCCUUUGCCGGCCUCUUGGGGUGGGGGAGGCGCUUCUUGACGAUGGCUGUGCUGCCGUUGCUGCCGGUGCCUAUCAAAUAAUCGCCCUCCCCGAAGUGCAGCCCACCGUGUGGUCGGCCAGCGGCUUAGUCAGCUCGAUGGUCGCUGCCUGGGCGCUGCUGCUGCUGUUGUUGUUGCUGCUGCUGCUCAGCUCUUGUGGCCGAGGCGCACCGUCGGCUGCCGACGCCGCGGCGGGCAGAUCGAUCACUCCACUAGAUGACGCCGCGACCGUCGGCACCGCCACAGAAGGGUCGUCCCCACCCUCGUCAAUGACUGCACACAUGCAUCAAGACGACAGACGAUGUGUCAUGAGUAGACAGUGCACUCCUUGUGUCCCCGUGUGUGUGUGUGUGUGUGUGGUGCGUGUGAUGCUCACAUUGUUCCUCUACAUUGGCCAUGGGCUCCUCAUCCUCUGCCAGAUCGUGGAGGCCCACAAAGUGACGCCCCGUCAACGCGUCCGACAGGGCACUCUGCAAUGACGCCACAGUGGCGUCCGCUGGGCACUGGUCUGUCUUGAUGUGUGGUCGGUCUUGAUGUGUGGUCGGCCCGGUAGGUAUCCGCGGAGGAAGGUGGGAGAAGACGUCAAAUAUAAGAUGUAGACAACGAUCUGCACAAAGCGAAGUGAGACAUGCGCACAGCGGUCAAUCGACGUCGUGUGUUGUGACGGCGCCGACAUGUGACAUGCAGAUGCUGGUCGUCGUGUGGCGGUGAAGGCUUCGAACGGUCAUCGGUAUUGGCAGGGAUGAGACGCCUGCAGAGACACGCAACGAUGAGGAAAGUCAGGAGAGACAGUCGACUUGUGUACAGACCUUCGUCGUCGUUCAUCACUCUAGAUGGGCUGCUUCUUGCCUGCGCCAGCAACACACACACACACACACACACACACACAUGGGUAUUCGCAUGUCCACCAGAAAGCCAUGAGUGUGUUGCUGGCUGACCUGCGGUGCUAAUAUUGUUUAUUCUGCGGCCUUCUAGUGGGCUUGCUGGUGCCUUCUAGUGGGCUUAUUCUACCUUCUUACGGGCCUUUCUGUCGUGCCCUACCUCUCUCUGUCCCUGCCUUGGCCCUCCGGUCGUUGUGGUGAGCACCACCCACACCCACCCACCCACCCACCCAUCCACCCACCCACUCGUAUGUAGAAUAUGUGUGGUAUGCAUCCAGACGUACACACGCACACACGCGCACAAAAUGACUGGCUGACCGACCACAAAACACACCAACGAAGCAAGCGAUGCCCCCGUCCCAGCAUGAUAAGGACAGCCAAAGUAAGAUCUUACUACACGCAUGCACCCACGGCCCGACACCUCUGGAAAGGUGCCAGGACGGAGGUGCAUGGGUGGAGAGGAGAGGUGCCUCCAUCACUCCCUGCCUCUCUCAGUCCGCAGCCACGCACACACAGGCAUCCAUCCACCCACCCACCCAUCCAGCCAGCCACACAGCCUGCCUCCCUGGUGUCCAUCUGUCUGUCUGUCUGUCUGAAUGCAUGGCACAAUGAGAGUGAGCGUAUGUAAGGGCAAG